ACUAAUAAGCCACCUCUCAUUUGUUGUCCAACGCUCGCCAGGGAAACGUCAAACCGCUUAAACGGUCGUCUGCUGGGAAUCGCAGAAGGCUUGCAGACUCCGUAUUCUUUAAGCUUCUAGUGCGUAGUGACUGUGUGUGUGUGUGGCUUGAGACAUUUCGUAAGUGUGCGCGCUACCCCCAGGAAGGGGUGGAAGAAUUUUCUCUCUCUCGCGCCCGCGCGCACGAGCGCAGAAGACGCGAUCAAGGGCUCCGUACGGCCCGUGCGCGAACGUUCGAGCUCAGAUGAUCUGGUGAAGUCAACCGGGACGGUACUGCUGUCUGCUGUCCUGGCCUCCUCAGAGACACUUCCACAGCUUCAACGAGUGCCCCACCGCAACAGCCCAAGAAUAGUGCCAUAUUGUGACAGUGACUCCCAGUGUGUGGUUGUGUAUGACUUUGGGUGUAAAGUGGUGCCGACAGUGCUUGCAGGAUUUUUGGUUUCGCAUUCAAAAGUGCCCAGGAAGCGAUCACUAUCAUCGGGUGACGAGAAGCCCGACAAAAGCUCAUUAGCAGCUCGUUACGUGCGCCCGACGCGCAUUGUGCAGAGGCAAUAAGGCGUGCGACAGAUCGUUACGACUGCGCGACACAUCACCGGAAGAGGCGCCCAGGAACCAGGCAGCCAUCGCCACAACAACAACAGCAACCCCAGUGAAACACCACGAACCAAUAACGUUGGAUCUACCUUGAAAGUAUAGUCAGCGGUGACAGGAUGUCGUCCUGUGCGUGUCCUAUGACGAGCCCCGUCGGGGCCACGCUGGCCGCACUGUGCGGCGGUACGCAGUACAUGCUGUUCAUGGGACUGCUGGAGGUGUUCAUAAGGUCACAGUGCGAUCUGGAGGAUCCGUGCGGACGGACCAAGGCAAAAUCAUCCCGAAAUGUGGACUACGAGUACGACUUCAUUGUGGUUGGCGGUGGAUCGGGCGGUUCGGUAAUCGCGUCCCGGCUCUCGGAGAUCAAGAACUGGAAGGUGCUACUGAUUGAAGCGGGACCGGAUGAACCGACGGGCGCCCAGAUCCCGUCCAUGUUUCUGAACUAUCUCGGCAGCGACAUCGACUGGAAGUUUAACACCGAGCCGGAACAGUACGCCUGCCUGGGGUCGCCCGAGCAGCGCUGCUACUGGCCUCGGGGCAAGGUACUCGGCGGCACGUCCGUGCUGAACGGCAUGAUGUACAUCCGGGGCAACCCGCAGGACUACGACGACUGGGACGCGAUGGGCAAUCCGGGCUGGAAGUGGAAGGACGUGCUGCCGUACUUCAUGAAGUCGGAGGACAACCUGCAGAUCAACGAGGUCGACUCGAAGUACCAUUCGACGGGUGGCAUGCUACCGGUUGGGCGGUUCCCGUACAACCCGCCGUUCUCCUACUCGGUGCUCAAGGGCGGCGAACAGCUCGGCUACCAGGUGCAGGAUCUGAACGGUGCCAACACGACCGGCUUCAUGAUUGCGCAGAUGACGAACAAGAACGGCAUCCGGUACAGUGCGGCGCGUGCCUUCCUGCGCCCGGCCGUCAACCGGGCCAACCUGCACAUCCUGCUCAACACGACCGUCACGAAGGUGCUGGUGCAUCCGACCUCGAAGACGGCGCACGGUGUCGAGAUUGUCGAUGAGGAUGGGCAUAUGCGCAAGAUUCUGGUGAAGAAGGAGGUGAUCGUGAGCGGUGGAGCGGUCAACUCGCCCCAGAUACUGCUGCUGAGCGGCAUUGGACCGCGCGAACAUCUGGAGAAGGUGGGCGUGCGUCCGAUACACGAUCUGCCGGGCGUGGGCAAGAACCUGCACAAUCACGUCGCGUACUUCAUAAACUUCUUCCUGAACGAUACGAACACGGCACCGCUGAACUGGGCGACGGCGAUGGAGUAUCUGCUGUUCCGCGACGGGCUCAUGUCGGGGACGGGCGUUUCGGCCGUGACGGCCAAGAUCAGCUCGAAGUACGCGGAGCGACCGGAUGAUCCGGAUCUGCAGUUCUACUUCGGCGGGUUCCUGGCUGACUGUGCCAAGACGGGGCAGGUCGGUGAGCUGCUCAGCAACGAUUCCCGCUCGGUGCAGAUCUUCCCGGCCGUGCUGCACCCGAAGAGCCGCGGGUACAUUGAGCUGAAGUCGAACGACCCGCUGGAACAUCCGAAGAUUGUCGUGAACUACCUGAAGGAGGAUCACGACGUGAAGGUGCUGGUGGAGGGCAUCAAGUUUGCGGUGCGGCUCUCGGAAACGGACGCGCUGCAGGCGUACGGCAUGGAUCUGGACCGAACGCCCGUCAAAGCGUGCCAGGAUAAGGACUUUGGAAGUCAGGAAUACUGGGAGUGUGCCGUACGACAGAACACCGGUGCGGAGAACCAUCAGGCCGGUUCGUGCAAGAUGGGCCCGACCAGUGACCCGCUGGCCGUGGUCGAUCACGAGCUGCGUGUGCACGGCGUACGGAAUCUGCGAGUUGUCGACGCGUCCGUCAUGCCGAAGGUGACCUCGGGCAACACGAACGCACCGAUCAUCAUGAUCGCCGAGAAGGGUGCCCAUCUGAUUCGCCGGGCGUGGGGCGCUCGCUAGAGCUAAUUGGACCCCUCUCCUCCCCUGUCCAUCUACCGUGUGGACAGCACUUCUCCUAGCAUUUACGAAAUAGGGGACCGAUUCAUUUACCACCUAAGCUAAUCGCGUUUUUAGGCACUCCUCUUCUGCCCCUUUGUAUGUCCGUCCCGGGUGUGUUGCCACGUGUCACGCGUCUUGUUCGAAGCGUUCGAGAGUUUGUUUUGUUUUGGAAAGUAUUAGCUGCAUCUUUACACGAACAAAAAGUGACGGUUGGUUUCUAGCACUCGCUCUACCUCGAAUGGCAAAUCAAUUCAUUCCGCUUCCGGCACUAUUCACGUACGCCCGCGUUUGCUUCUAUCAAAAACGGGAGGUUAGCGUGCGCGUGUCACAACAGCUCAAGACAAAUCGGCACACAUUUCUCCCCUCUUCCUCUGAAAAAAAAAACACUCCCUGGCGUGACAAACCAGGCAUGUCCCGCUCAAAUUGUGUUAAUGUAAAGUUAAAUUAUGAAUAUCAAUAAAGAUUAAUUAUGGUACAA